AUGGAUGCUUUCAAUAAUGAUUUCAAAAACAUGCUUGACACCUUCACCACCGAACUCAACGCUACCAUGGAAUCUCUGCGAAGGCUGCAAGGCACAAGCGAGACCAUGCAAAGCGCUCCGCCGGCUCUGAAGUCCUCGCACUUGAGUCAGGUAAUGGAGGAGUUCAAGGAGGCAGAAGCAUCCAUGAAGCGACAGGUUAAUGACUUGGCUGCGAAUGUUUGCUCCGGCUUGCAAAGCGUGGAGAAUGCGAGCAAGAAGAUGGAGGACGAGAAGCCCCAGUCACUUGAGCAGCGUUGUAAGCAAGAUGUGGAGAGUGCGAAGCAGGAGACCGUAAGGUGUCAGGCUACGCAUGAGAAGACUGUUGAGGAUCAGAGCGAACGCGUUCAUGAUCUUGAAUAUCCAUUAGCUGUUGCGGCGGUUGAGGCUGAAGAGGCCAAAGCUGCAUCAGCAAAGCUUCAGACAGAUCUUGCAACCAAGGUCGAUGAACUGCAGUAUGCACGACAUGAAGCCGAAAUGGCCAAGUCGGAUGCCGCGGAGCUACGAGUUCAGGUCAAUGAUGCUCGUGCAAUGGUUGAUCAAGUCAGACAAGACGAGGCCGGAAAAUCCGCUUCCAGGAUCGUAGAUCUUGAGAAUCAAGUCGAGUCAUUGCAUUCUGCCGCAGCUGAGGCCGAAAAGGUCAAAUCUGAUGCGGCGAAGCUCCAAGCAGAAGUGGAUGCUUCUCCUGCAAACUUCGAGCAAGCACAGCGUGAUGGGGCUGCGAAUGCAGCUUCGAAGAUCGCGCAUCUUGAGCGGCAACUUGCGUCCGCGAAGCGAGAGCACGCAGAUGCUUCGAAAUGCUCGGCUGACAGGAUCAAGCUGCUGCAAGAUGGUGUGCAGAGAUUUGCGUUCGAACUCGAACCUCUCCAGCGCGAGGGUAUGGGGCCUUUUGCAGAACAGGUUCAAACCUUGCAGGAGGUCUCGCAGAGUCUUGCAUCAGAAGCAGAAAAGGUUGCACCAAUGCUGGCACAGGUUGAGAACUUUACAAGCUCCCUGGAAGACCUGCGUGCGGCGCGAGUUGCAUACCAGCAGGAGACUGCGAAAGCAGCAAAGUUCGCUGCAGAUGCUGAAGAGCUUCAGAGAAAUUUCAAGGCUCGAAGUGAUGCGUCUGCAAACCACCAGAAGGAGGUUGCCGAUGAGCUACAGCAGAGGCAGAACAAGCUCGAGGAAGCAGAGCGGGCUUUCGCCGCACAGCAGAGUGUUGAGGGCAUCAUCACUUUCCAGAUGGACCACACUGCAAAGCGGCUGGAAGGUCGGUUUGAUGCGACGGAGAGAGCCAUCCAUCUGUUGCACCCUGCAGUUAUGGGCGCCAAAGGUGCCACUGCAGUGGUUGAUAAGGAGAUCGGCGACCUUCGCGUUGAAACUUCAGAGAGCUUCAGGAUAUUGUUCGACCGCUUCGGCAGUGUACAAGAUUCUGUCGAGAAGAGCUUUGCCUGUGUCGAUGACACCCAGCAACAGCUUUUGGUCGUCAAAGCCAAUACUGAAGAGUCGAACACUGAUCUGAGGAGACUCAUCAGGCAGUUGGAGACCUCGGGAAAGGUGACUGUCCAAUCAAGCCGGAAGCGCUCAAGUGUCGAGGACAUCGAAGCAGGUCCGAGCAAGAGACCUCAACUUGUGCAAAUUGAGAGCAGCGCCUUGGUGCCUGCCAAUAUCACAGCGGAUGAGUCGACUCUCGUGGAACAUACGCAUGGUGAACUACUGGACGAGAGUGUUGCUGCUAGGCCUGCUGCCCGGGAAGCGGCUGAAGCAAAUCUUGCACCGGAUACCCAACGCGAACUGUCAGCCGAAGACGGCGAUAUUGCGGGUAUACGAUCUAUGAUCGAGUUCCCUGCGGCUUGGACCAACGAGCGGUCGAGCGACUGCUGGUCUGCACUGGUUGAGAAGACUGGUUCGGUUCCUGAACUUCUGAAAUUGUUGGAGAGGGCUGCCUCUGGCAAUCAAAGAGCAAAGCCGGGUCCUGCCACUUGCCUGAUGGAGAUCGGCAACAAGUCUGGCUUCGUGACAGUUGGCGAUGGACUCCGACGCGGGAAUUGUCCGGUGCACAGCAGGCCAGACUCGAUUGGCUUUUGUCUAUAUAUCGAGCGAGCCCCAGGAACUGGCAGGGUCACGGAAGUGGCAGUCGGAACCACCAGCUGGCUUGUGAGAGAGCGGCCGGAGUAA